AUGCGAUCUACAACACCCGAGGGCCAGCACUUUCAACCGACCAUCGUCGCUCCCAAUGACUACGGCGAGCAAGGACCCAAAGGCGAAGUCAAUGGACAGCCCAGCGCGCUGCGCUCCAUCAUCGCGGGCUCCACCGCUGGAGCCGUGGAGAUCGCAAUCACCUAUCCCGCUGAGUUCGCGAAAACCCGGACACAACUCAAUCGCCGACUGGCGGAGGGCCAGAAACUGCCGUGGCCGCCGUUCGGCAAGCAGUGGUACGCUGGCUGUACCACUUUGAUUAUUGGAAACUCGCUGAAGGCCGGAAUCCGCUUCGUCGCUUUCGACGCCAUCAAGGCAUCCCUCCAAGAUGAGAACGGCAAGAUUUCGGGGCCGAGGACGGUCAUCGCUGGAUUUGGUGCGGGUUUCACCGAGUCGCUUCUGGCGGUGACUCCCUUUGAGAGUAUCAAGACUCAACUGAUUGACGACCGCAAGGCAGCCCAGCCUCGGAUGAAUGGAUUCCUGCACGGUACCAAGAUCAUCUGGCAGGAACGUGGAGUUCGGGGCUUCUUCCAAGGCUUUGUGCCCACUACUGCUCGGCAAGCAGCCAAUUCGGCCACCAGAUUCACCAGCUACACCACGAUCAAGCAGUUCGCGGAAGGCUAUGUGGCCCCCGGCGAGAAGCUCGGAACCCUCAGCACCUUUGCCAUUGGAGGCCUGGCCGGUAUUAUCACGGUUUAUGUAACCCAGCCCCUUGACACGGUGAAGACCAGAAUGCAAUCGCUGGAAGCCAGCAAACACUAUAAGAACAGCUUUGUCUGCGCCGCCCGGAUCUUCAAGGAUGAAGGAUUCCUCACUUUCUGGUCCGGAGCCGUGCCCCGACUGGCCCGACUGAUCCUGAGCGGUGGCAUUGUGUUUACCAUGUAUGAAAAAUCAAUGGAGCUGAUGGAUAUCGCGGAUCCCGAGCGGAAGUACCUUUGA